AACUUCCGGGCUUCAGAGUCCGGCAAAGUGUGGAAGUGAAGAAGACUGAGGCGAAGAGGAAGUACUUUUUAAAAUGGAAAUACAGUAAAUCCCACUUGAACUUUUCGCAGCUGAACAACAGGACGCGUUGGGUGACGGAGGUGAUGGAGGCCAUACAGUAGCUCGGAGUCCCACGUCUUCAGUCUGCUGUUCAACCUAAUUCCACUCUGUCUGCAGAGUAAGCAAGAUUUCUCUGUUAUUACCCACGGGCAGAGCCAGCAGAGUGAUGUGUUUUUAUGCUUUAGUUUCUGCCUUCCAUGCCCGCCCAACCCGCCAUGAAGGAGCCGGAGGAGGAGAUGGAGGCAGAAGGUGAGUCACAGCUUCCCGAGGCCAACGGCGAGGUGGAAGAACCCAGAGAGGAUGAAGGAAUGAGGGGUGGAGGAGGCCAGGAGACCAUGGAGGAAAGUACAGAGGAGAGGGACAGUGACUUGGAAGAGAGUGAAGAGGAAGAAGAGGAGAGUUCAGAGAUGGAUGAUGAAGAUUGCGAGAGGAGGAGAGGAGAAUGUUUAGAUGAGAUGAUGGAUCUGGAGAAACAGUUCCAGGAGCUGAAAGAGAAGUUGUUUCGGGAACGGCUAAACCAGGUGAAAGUAAAGCUGGACGAGGUGCUGACGGGGAAGGCUGGAGAAUACAGAGAACCACUGGCUGCACUACAGAACAGCAUGCAGAUACGAACACAAGUGGCUGGAGUGUACAAGGAGCUGUGUCUGCAGGUCAUCAAACACAAGCAUGAAUGUGAAGUACAAGGAGCGAGGCAGCACCUGGAGAGCGAGCGGACGCUGCUGUUUGACGCCAUGAAAAGCGAGCUGCUGGAAAAGAUCAGGAGGCUGGAGGAGGACAGGCAGAAUAUAGACCUCACCUCAGAGUGGAGCGAUGAGCUGAGGGGCAAGAAAUGUAAAAGAAAGAACCUGCUGGGUCAGUCUGAGAAGAAAAAGAAAGUAGCUCUGGUUUCAGGGCCUUUCAUCGUCUACAUGUUGAGAGACAUCGACAUCCUUGAAGACUGGACUGCGAUCAAGAAGGCAAAAGCAGCGCUGUCGCCGCUAAAAAAGAAAGUUGAAAAGCGGUGAUGAAAGGAGGAUCUCCGUGGCAGCGACACCAAACUUAACACACUCACAUUCCCGGCUAUUUCAAGUUAAGGUUUUGCCUCCUUGACUGAAACCCAGCAGACUCUUGAGUUUGUUUUUUUUCUGCGCCUUUGACUCCACCUGCCUACCACCCUACUGCUUAUUUGUUAUCUAUUGCUAUUUAAAGUAAGUUUUUAAUGAUAUGACAGCCAUGUAUUUAUAGAAUGAUUUAUAAUGCUGAUUGAAAAUCUUUUAGCACACAA